UAUCUUGAAAGGGAGUUGUGCGUGGAGUGGAGACCAGUGCAAGCGUUCUCGUCCCCGGAUUGAAGACUCGCUCUAUCCAGUAUCCAUCCAUGUGCCCCAAGAAGAAUAAUUCCCGCAGCUCCGGCUCCGAUUCUACCCCUGAAAUCACCGCCGGGUCCGGUGAUUCCGCCUCCGCGGUUGACUGGAUUUCCGAGGCAAUCGCUGGCGGAUCCCUACGCCGCGUCGACAUGCACCAUGGAACUAACGGCUGGGCGUCACCGCCCGGCGAUCUUUUCUUUCUCCGUUCCGAAAACUACCUAACAAAACGGCAGAAGGCUCCUGCUGGAGACUAUCUGCUCUCUCCUGUAGGUAUGGAUUGGCUCCAAUCUAACAGUAAGCUCGAUAAUGUGCUCGGCCGUGCCGAUAACCGUGUGUCGCAUGCACUCCGGAAAGCCCAAGAUCAAGGCAGAUCGUUGAAGAGCUUUAUUUUUGCCGUGAAUCUACAAGUACCUGGUAAGGAUUUUCACAGCGCGGUGUUCUAUUUCGCCACGGAAGAUCCAGUUCCUUCCGGCUCGCUCCUUUAUCGAUUUAUCAAUGGCGAUGACGCCUUCAGAAAUCAGCGGUUUAAAUUGGUGAACCGGAUCGUGAAGGGGCCGUGGAUUGUGAAGAAGACGGUCGGAAAUUAUAGUGCCUGCUUGUUAGGGAAGGCUUUAACAUGCAAUUAUCACAGAGGACCGAAUUAUUUAGAAAUCGAUAUCGAUAUCGGAAGCUCGGCGAUUGCGAACGCUAUUUUGCAUCUCGCGUUGGGAUAUGUAACGAAUGUCACUAUCGACAUGGGCUUUUUGGUGGAAUCGCAAACGCAGGAUGAAUUGCCGGAGAGAUUAAUAGGUGCCGUCAGAGUUUGUCAGAUGGAGCUGUCGUCGGCGAGGGUCGUUACAGAUAAUGCUCCGCCGUUAGCGCGCGGGAUAGGGUUGUCGAAGGUGAAUCACGAUAAAUCAGCUGACCAAGAGGAAGGGUGGGAUUCAAAUACAGGGCAGCCAAUUGACUCUUGCAAUGAAUUGUUUGGUAAAAGAGCAGUUAUAUCUCAGCAUAUAGACUGUCGCUGAUGAAUGAGCGAUGGCCUCGAAGCAUCAAAGAGCAGAUGAUUUAAAGGAUUAUGUGACCCACUGCCUUGCGUCACCAAAAGGUUCCAUUACGCGGGGGAAAAAACAAAACAGAUUUUCCACUAGCGGUUCCUUGCUGAGCGACGCUGAUUGAUCUGAUUCAUGGCCUCGCUAGUUGAGAUAUUGGGGAAAAAACGUUGAACCUUAUCGCUUUUAACUUGACACCUAUAUAUAUGUACGAUGACCCGUGUCUGUACAGUUUCUCUGAUCUCUCCAUACCUAGCACCUCCAUUAAGUAAGAA